AUGUGCCUUGCAAGAAUUUUGUGCUCGUGCAAGGUUAUUCGCGAAAUUCAGUAUUCAAUCGGGGGUCGAGUUGUCAGUGACCAUUCUCCGAACUUCGCUCUCAAAUUAUUCAUGCAAACAACUCUCGGACACAAGGAUACUCUCCAGAUCUUGAACCUGAAUGUUGCACAUGAGAUCUUCCUUUUUGAGGAAAAGGCAAGCGAAGAUGAAACAGAGGAAGUACUGGAAACUGAAGGCGAUGAUGAGUGGGGUACCGAAACAUUUGCGAGACACCUGCUUGCUGAAGACAGGACGCCCCCGAUUUCAAUGUCGAAAUGGAGCGGGUCGCUGAAGGAUUUGUCAACACUUAAGCUGCUAAGUCUGGGGGUCAACCUUUUAAUGUACUUGGCCCGAGGAAUCAACAAACACAAUUGA